AUGACUUCUCGAAGGCCACCAAGCAGGUCCAUUGAGCUGGAUACCUUUGCUUUGACAGGAAUGCUGCCAGUACGAUCGGCUUCCAUAAGCACUGGUACUGCCUUGAUGACGAGGCCACCAGGACUCCCAGAGACGCUGUUCGUGAAAGAAGCCAAUAUGCUCGAGGUCGACUGGCGAGCGUACCUCAAGACUCCUAAGAAGAGGUUUAUCUCACCGAUAAAAACUCAGAUCGCAACACAGCAGCCAGAGAUCGUCCUUCCUCAACUGGAGUCCAGGAGAGAGAGAAUCUUACAGUUCAUGGAGAGCCCGGAGAAUGUUGAGCACGACAGUGUCGAUCUUGUCACCAUCAUGAGGCGUAUCGAUAAAGUCAAUGGCAAGUUGGACAAAGACCCUGAGCUCCGUGAGUUCUACCGGCAUUGGGAACGCAUCGCGGGCUUGCCGGAAGGGGAGCGACCUUUUGCGCAGAUUGAGGCUCGCAGCUGGCUGGUCGCCAACAAAGGCGAUGAGAUUGAGCGAGAGCUAGAGCAGCUGUUCGAGAAUUGCCAGAGGUUGAGCUCGAGUUCCCUUUCGCCAUCAUCGGCAGAAGUUCAACCUCUGAUUGUAGUAUUCCAUGAACUGGGGUGGCGGCUCAAGAAGUUCCAAGCAGAGUAUGAGGGUCGAGUCCAAGUGACCAAAGACUUCCUUGGAGAGCCUGAGUUCCAAUGUGAUUCGAUUGAACCUCUCAGCGAGAUGGAGUUCACGAUACGGCGGACCAGAUCAGGCCUUGAAAGAGUGGAAAUCCCUGAGGCCUCCGACGAUGGCAAAAGCAAGCAAUCUGCAGCACAGCACCAGCGGAAGCGAUCUCGCGGACUUUCCUUGUCAGGGCUGCUAGGUGCACUGAGGAAACCCAAGGCCAUAGAGUAUACUGGCCCACCGGACCUUUAUGCUGGAGUAGAGAAGCUCAUCCAGAGUUGCUCUGAUUGGCAUGAGGAAUGGGAGGGAAGUGCUCAAGAGUUCGAGCAAGACCAAAGUCGCCUGGUUGGAAGCACGUUGGACAGUGAUCUUGAGUCCGACAGAAAGGAGCUCGUAGGACAGAUUAAAGGGCUGCAGCAAGAGCUCGAACGCGAAGGCGAGUACGUUGCCGGUCAGCGGCUCCUGUACCGCGCCAGCGACUUUCUCCUCCAGACAUGGAAGCAGGACAGGCGAAGGUCGUUCGGCACGACCUCUCGACGCUCUUCGGAGGGGCCAAAGAAGCCGUCAGCGGAAGAUAUUGUGAUCCUAAAGUACAUUCGCCGUGAGUACACUCAGGCAUCGAUAGUCAACUUGCUCUGCGACAAGGAUCACAUGUCUUUACCUGGAGCUGCAGCCGCAGCUAGAGUCUUCCGGAAUAAGCUGCAUGGCAAACCAGCGAUGCAGUCUCACGACCAACGGGUCGCCGCCUAUCCGCUGCAGCGGUUCAAGAUCCAGGACAUGGCAGGCUCAGAUGCCGAUGCCUUGGAUACCCGUAUGAAGGAAUUGGUGUGCGCUCUUCAUCGAGAGUAUGACGAGUUAGGCAGGAACAUCGAUCGUAGCGACCGGAUAAGACUCGUCGUAGAUCGUCUCCAAAUGGCACAGACGCUCGUUGUGAAGAAGAUGGCUGAGGGCAUCGGGUUAAUGGAGGCAUUCGAUGAGCUCGCGGCGAAGCAAGAGGAGAUCCGGGCCAAUGCGCCGAUACCUAUCGAAGGCUUCGGAAAAGCAUAUGCCAAAGAAGUGCUGGGGGAAAUGAAAUUCGAGUAUCCAGAUGGCGAUUUCACAUUCUGA